AUGACGACGUUGUUGCUUUGUGAGCCGUCUGGAGUGGCACACGGGUUUGAGUUUCCGGUGCUCUGGAGAAUUGCUGAGGAGCCUGUGGCUCUUGAGCGGCAAAUGCACUUUGGUGGUGAGCAUGAGGUUGCGGCGGAUAUUGCUGGUGAAACUGAUCUUGCUGGUAAAACGGAUCUUGCUGGUGAAACUGAUCUUGGCUAUGCCUGGGGUGUUGAGGGCGAUAUGCUGAUCCAGGUGGCGGGGCCAUGGGAUGCGUCACGGUUCGAGUACCAUGAUAGCGCGGAUCUUGCGGCGGGCUAUGGGCGUAACUCGGCGCGCCUGCCAGGAGGCUAUCCGGCGGCGGAAGCAGUGGUAGAUGCUGAUUGGAUGAUGCUGAAGAUUGGAAAUGGGGAGGCUGCCGUCGGUCGUAUGGCCGGUCAUUGUGCGGAUGAGGCUGCAUAG